AUGGAAAUAAACACUUCAAGAAUAGAUGUGGACUUUAAGGAAAUAUCCGUCAUGAACAACAGUACAGUAAUGGAAUCCAUUUUAUUGGGAAUCACAGAUUGCCCCGAACUCCAGCCUUUCCUCUUUGUGCUGUUUCUGGUUGUUUACCUUGUCACCCUUCUAGGCAACCUGGGCUUGAUCAUGUUAAUCAGAACGGACUCUCGCCUUCACACGCCCAUGUACUACCUCCUCACCAACCUAGCCUUUGUGGACUUGUGCUAUGCCUCAAAUGCAACACCACAGAUGCUGACCAAUUUCUUAUCUGGGAAGAAGACCAUCUCCUUUGUCGGCUGUUUCACGCAGUGUUACAUUUUUAUUGCUCUUCUCCUCACGGAGUUUUACAUGCUGGCUGCAAUGGCCUAUGACUGGAUAUCUGCAACCCUCUCCAACUCCUUCACCAUUAUCCUGGUGUCCUAUGCCUUCAUUAUUGCUGCCAUCCUUUGGUUCAAGUCAUCUGAGGGUCAACAAAAGACAUCUUCCUCUGUGGUUCUCACAUGA